AUAAUACCGUUUCGCUCUUUCAGUGACAAUAAUAUUAAUUGUUAUCAUCGACCGACGACAAAACACAAAAAUUCGCAGUAUUACGAAAACAAAUUGUUCUACGUGUUGUCGGUGGGUCAACGUCAGUCGUUCAAAAUUAGACGUUACUUUCGUUGAAGGGGACCGCACAUCCACUGUACUACGUUCCUGUCAAAAUAAACGUAAAAUAGAACUCAAAACAAAUAACGAUACGAAUGUCCAACGACAAAUGACGAAUCCGUCCAAAGAGUUGUAAAUAAAUUGUAUCAAAUAAGUACGUCGUAUGUACACACUGCGAACAAUAUGUUUAUACUAGCAAACUAGUAUUGUACUGCGUUCAUCGUCAUGACAGAAAAUCCAAUUCUACACGUUUUGGUGGUUGGAUUCCAUCAUAAAAAAGGAUGUCAGGUAGAAUAUGCUUAUCCGCCAUUUAUUGAAGAUACCACUGGUGUUUCUGCUGAAUGUCCGGCAGCUUGGAAGCAUUUGCCAUAUUUAGCAUUACCUGAUGGAUCACACAACUUUGAUGAAGACACUGCAUACUUUCAUCUACCGAGUCAGCAAGAUCCGAAUGAAACAAUUUAUGGGAUUUCAUGUUACAGACAAAUUCCAUUAGAAAAAAUUAUUAACCGAACUCCUGAUAUGACAAGAAGUACAAUCCAAAAAUCAGUAUGUGUACUUAGUACAUUACCAUUAUAUGGGCAUAUUCAAGUUAAAAUGUCUCUAAUUACACAUGCAUAUUUUGAAGAGGGUGAUUUCAGUAAAAUAUCACUCCUACAUGACACUUAUCACCAUCUCAAUGCCUGUUUAUCUAGUAUAGACAAUAUUAGUACCAGUCCUCAUCUAUUUGUUGGUUUAUCUGCAGUUGAACUUGUGACAAGGUUUAGACAUAAAGUAUUAUUGCUAUUUAAACUGAUGUUGUUAGAAAAUAAAGUACUAUUUUUUUACUCUCCUGUUCGUCCACUCUGUUCUACAAUAUUGACCUUAUUAUCUCUUCACCCUGGAUUAAUUGAAAAUGGGCUCAAUAAAUCUGCUAAUAUUAGCCUUAGUAGUUCUACUCAACUCUCUAUUGAAAACAAGUGUGAAGUUAAUGUUUCAAAUAUAAGUCCAGAAGCAGAAGAUAAUGAUCAUAGCAUAGUUAGUCAAAAAUCAAAUGAAGUUGUUGAUGAAGACUUAAUUCCUAACAAUACCUUUGCUUCAAACAUUCCUAAAGAUCCUAGUAUUGAUUCGUUGGAUGAAGCUGCUGUACAGUAUAAUAUGAUAAGUAUCGCCCAAAUCAAUUCUGAAGACUGUGGAGUUCCAAUGUCUAUUUUUGAUAAUGGUAAUUUAUGUCAACCAUAUUCUUGCCUAUCAUACAUGGAUAUAUUAACAGAUCCAAGUGUUCGAGGAUAUGUAAUCGGGGCAUCAAAUAUAUUGUUCAAGCAAAAGAAAAAUUUAGCUGAUGUAAUUGUUGAGAUUGAUGAAGGAAAAGUAGAAAUAGAAAAUAUUGAACUUAAACGACAUUUACAUUUAACCACAGAAGAUCUUCGUUUUGCUGAUUAUCUAGUUAGACAUGUUGUCCAACCAGAAAAAGAAGAUGUAUUUCUGGAUGGAGUUGGAUGGGAAGGUGGAGAUGAAUGGAUAAGAGCACAGUUUAAGGCUUAUUUGUUAUCCUUAUUAAGAACAUCACUGUUAAGUGAAGGAGCACCCGAAUUAAACCACUUUAAUCCAUCUUUUAUAUCUGCUUGGCAACAAACGAAAAAUUAUCAAAUUUGGUUAAACCAAGAGCACCAAGCAAUUAUGGCACUUGAACCUUGUCAUCCAUUUGCUGGUCAAUUGUCUGUAGCUGAUAUGAGACUAAGAAUAUCACACACAAUGCAAAGCAGUAGAAGUGGUCGAAAGUUAAAUCAAGCAGUCCAAAAUACAAGUAGAGCAGUUGCAUCCACGGGUAAAGUUGUUGGAGGUGCUAUUUCACAAGCUAAGGGUGCAGUAACCAAUUGGUGGAGUAACUUAACUACAACUCAAGAUCUAGAAGAUGAGAAAAAUACACCUGUUAUUCAGGAUGUCUAAUCCUGAAUUAUAUACUCUAAAAGAGUAUUUAUCUACUGUUUCUUCUGAAUUUUUUCAGUUAUACCAUUUUAUAUUUUAUUUUAUUUUUUGUAUUAUUGUAUGAUUAAAUCUUUAUUUAGGUUAAGUAAAUUAUUUUAAAUCUAUUUAUAUUUGACAUUGAUAACUAUGGAUCUAGAGCUGGUUUGCUAAAAAUUAUAAGUUCUUAUAAUCUAUCUUUUAAAAGACACAGUACCAACAGUGUAUAUAUAGUAUAUUAUGCAUUUCUGUUUAUUUCCUUUCUCAGUGUUUACAUACUUGUGUUUAUUUAAAAUGUCUACUGAUUACCAAAUUCAUAUAAUUAUACUCUAGGUCUAUUUUUAAAUAGCUUUACACAUGUAUACUUCACACUAUAUAAAAUAUUCUUGAAUAACUGGACAUUAAUAUACAUAAUACAUACCUUUUAUAAUUGAUAAGUUUUAAUUUUACAUAUAUCUUUUCUAAAACAUACCAUAAUGCUAUGUUAUAUUCAAAAAAUUACUAUAAAAAAAAAUUCUAGUGUAUUCCUUAUUUUAAACUUUUUAGAAUCUCCUAGCUUAGAUUAUAUCAACUUUGGUGAUUGAUAAAAAGCCGUAAUUUUAACUUAUCUAUACCAAGUAAUUUUUAAUAUUUACAAGAAUAAUUUGUAACAAUAAUUGUUGAUACAUUUUAUUCUACAGUCAUCCAAAUCAUUAUAUUUAAUUUAAACAAUACCUACUAUGAUAACAAUCUAUUAAGUAUCAAAACAAGAUUUUUCAAAAAUAAAAUAUUUUUUUUACUGUAUUAUAGUUGUUAAUAAUGACAAUUGGCAAAUAUUUGAAUACCUGUCAGCUAAUACAAUUGAUUUAAAAUUAUUGUCGAUUGUAAGAUACAAAUAUUGUUGUUGCAGAUAAUAUAUUUGUCAUUUUAAAUCACAGUAUAUUUCUAAUUGUUGGAGAAUUAUUUAUUUAACUACUCUUUUUAAAUUGUUUUAACUAUUUACAGUUCUUCAUAAGUAUUUCAUCUUAAUUCUAAAAGACAGGAAUCAGCAUGCUUAAUUAUUUUUAAGUAAAUAACCUACCUAUCCAAUUAAAUUAUAACAUAAUACAUUUUAUAUUCAAUUAAUUUUUUUAAUUACUAAUUGGAUAACAUCAUGAUGACAAGUACUGUAAUUUAAUUUACACUCUUUUCGUUACACAUAAGUAUGAUUGCUCAUGGAUCAAUUAGACGCCAUGAAUUAAAAAAAAAAAGCAACAGUCAUUAAUGUGUUUGUUUUUUGGCACAUUAUUUCCACUCUUAAUCUGCAGUAUUCUAGUAUCCUGAACUUUUAAUUUAAAGAACCUAAUAAUUACUAUUUAGUUUAUUAAAUAGUAAAACUAGGUAUACAAUGUGAUAGUUAUUUGUAUUUAUAUUAUUAUUUAUUAUUAUUUUUAUUUUUAUUAUUUCAUGAUUUGUUGAUGAUUUUUUUUAUAUAAUAUAUACCUACUAUAUUUCUGCUCAAAAAGUUUCCUUUUCAACUGCAAUCAUGUAGUAAUAUUGUGUUUGUACACUCAUUAAAAUACAAGAUCAUGAUGCGUUGUACCUAUAUAAUUGAAUAUAAUUAUCUAUAUUAAAUAUACUUUUGCGUGUAA